CUAUAGUCCUAGAACAGUAUCUAACCAUGAGUGACGAUGAUUAUCUAAAGACAUUAGAGAUUCAGAGAAGAAAUUUCGAGGCUCAGUUCGGGUCUAUAGAAGACAUGGGGUACAAGGAUAAGUCUAAGGCCGAACAAACAUCUUGCGAUGAGCAUCAAAGUGAAAGCGAUGAGGGCAGUGAUAGCGAAGAAACAAGUCAGUUCAAAGGGUUUGAAUCGAGUGAAGAAAGUCUGUCGGACCCUGAAGAGGAUGUUUCCGAAGAAGAAGAAGAAGAAGAAAUUCAAAAACCAAAAGUAGUCAAGUUAAACUCAUCGUCCAAUAAUCCACCACCCACCGUUUCCAAAUCAGAUAGGAAAUUAUUAAGAUCAGGAAGAGCACCUACAAUGGCAGAGAUCGAGAAGAAAGAACGAGAACUAUCUAAACUUACAAAGAAACAACAGGCCAAAGCAGUCCAAGAAGAUAAUGAAAACUUGGAAAAUGAUAUCAAAUUACAAAGAUUAUUAAAGGAAUCACACAUUCUCUCCCACCAAUUGGAACACUCCGGUGCUGAUCUCACCCUACAAACCAUUGACUACGAAGAUCCCACCGGUAAGGCCAGAAGAAAGAUUCUAACGUCUCGUAUGAGAGAGUUGGCUGCUACCAACUCUUCCACCGGUGGAUUACCUAAAACUUUAGAGAAAAUGCCCAUGGCCAUGAGAAAGGGGAUGAUCAGAAGCCAAAAGGAAAAGAUUGCCCACUACGAAGAAGAAGCUCGUAAUGCAGGAAUUGUCUUAUCAAAGACUAAAAAGGGUCAAUUUAGAGACUUAAGCAGCGGGAGUGGAUCCACUUUUGCCAGUGACCGUAUUGGUACAGGAGACAAGAUCAACAAAAAACACAGACAAAGAGGAUUGAAGAUCAACUCUGUUGGUAAGUCUACAAGAAACGGUUUGAUCAUCUCCAAAGAUGAAAUUGAGCGUAUCAAUAAUAAGGGGAAAAGUUUUGGUAAGAAAAAGAGAAGAUAGUCUUAUAUAGCAUUUUGUACAUUAGUAACCCGC